GAAAAUUAAAGAGCUAUUCUCUUCAUUAUUCCAUAUGUUUUUGGAACCCUACGGGAAAAGAAGGAAAAAAAAUUCCUUCAUUAUUUGGUUUGGAGAGAAAGUGAAGAAAAAUUGAAGAUUACUUCCAGAGAGCGUUUCAGAGAGGCCUGAAGCAGCAACGAAGAUGAAGGUAGCUCCGAAGCUCAUUUUCCUUUUCAACGACGCCGACGGCUUCGGCACCGCCAUAUUGGACGCUCUUCAACCAAACCCUAGCUCAACUCUUCGUAGAUUGGAAGACUCGUUCGAACUGUCUCUGGAGGGGUACGGGAUCAAAGAUCGUAAAGUUUCUGGCAAAAUCGUUCACUUUGUAGACCAUGACGGCCAUUAUCAGGUGACUGUGUUACUCAUGCAAGAUUAUGAGCCUCCGGUUUUGGCAUGUGCUGUCAAUGAAGUUCUGGCAUCAAUGAAAGAAGAAAGUUUUUCAAUUGUGCUCCCAAUUGUUGUGGCAGCACCAAAGCUUAAGCUGGAAAGAAAAUUCUCCACAACUAGUGACAAAGUUUCACUUUAUGGUCUGCAAAUAGGUCCAGAGACAGAUAUAACUCGAACCAUGGUCGCGAAAACCCAAAAGCCACCAUUGUCAAUGCAGAUUCAUCAUGAACCUUUGGCUUGCUUUAUUCAGUUGGUCCGUGUCUUGAACCUGCCAACAUGUGUUCUCAUUGGGCGGAGUAGUGAUCAAUUUCAAAAGACAUCUGCAGAGGAACUGGAGGUGAUCAAUGAGAUGGCAGAGCUCUUGACAGGCAUGUCUUCCUUGAGCUUUUUGAGGGAGAGGAUGACAUGGAAUCCAACCAAGACGUCAAAGGACGACAAGGAACCAUGGCGCGCACUCUAUGGCUGAACCUCAGUUGUUUUGGGGACAUUAGAUGCGCUUAUGCGACCAAUCAGUCAAUGCAUUGACUUGUUUUUCAUUCUUGUCUUGUUCUUGGGGUUAAUAGAAGAGCCCGAAAGCACAAUUCUUGUAACGCUAAUCCCUUUUUUGAUAGUGAUAGUCAUUGUCUAAUACAAGAGGAAAACCACUUCUAUUGUGAAUCCGUUCCGAGACUUUGUAUCUCUCAUUUUUGUGGAAAACCACUUCUAUUGUGAAUC